UUUGGUGUAUAAAUGAACAUAAAGCUAAUUGCUCUUUCUGAGCUUUUAGAAUUUGGUCCCAUAUAGAGCUCGCAAUCUCUGACAUGACACAACAACACGAUUGAAACUGACACAACACGAACACGAAGUUACUAAGAGAAAAUACGAAGUUGACACAACACGAUACAAAAUCAACCCAAACACGGCCUGUUUAGAUAAAGUGGUCGAAUUAUGCAAUUAUCUUACAUUAUACAUAGUUUUUGAUAAAUUUCAUGAAUAAAACGAAAUUGACACGAGACUAAACACGAACACGAACCCGACACGACUUUUUACCAGCUCUAGUUCCAAAAAAAAACUACUCCGUUCGUAGUAUUUCAAAUGUGCGAGUCGGGUUCAACCAAGGUGUAUGUGUGGGGUGAUGAUUUAGGCCUUAAUUCCAUUCCCUAAAAAGAAGAAUAGUCGAAUACCCUUCAAUAAAUCCCUAAUCAAACAAACUCCAUACCCAAAACCGAUUACAAAAAAUACCCGAAAACCCGUUAAUACUACAAAACACCCCACCCAAUUUCAGCAGUGGGUAUUUGAAUUUCGAAGCAGACGUUGCAGAAUAACAGCAAGAAGAAAUGGGGAACAACAGAGAUGAUGAUAUUCAUACUGCUGCUAGAAAUGGAGAUGUUACUGCUGUUGAGUUGAUUAUCAGUUCUAACCCUUUAGCUAUCAAUUCCAGAGAUAAGCAUUCCAGAACUCCACUACACUUGGCAGCUUGGGCUGGCCAUGCAAACGUUGUUAGCUCUCUCUGCAAGCACAAGGCAGAUGUUAGCGCUGCAGCUGUGGAUGACAUGGCUGCAAUCCAUUUUGCUGCCCAGAAGGGACAUUUGGAGGUUGUCAAAGCCCUUGUCUCUGCAGGGGUUUCUGUUAAGGCUAUCAAUCGCAAGGGCAUGACUGCUCUGCACUAUGCUGUUCAAGGUUCUCAUGUAGAAUUGACCAAGUACUUGCUAAAGAAAGGCUUCAAUCUCAACGCUAAGACAAAAGCAGGGAAAAGCGUCCUAGACCUUGCAAGCAACGAGGAAAUUCGUGCGUUACUGUCAGAGCAUGAGAAGGCAAAACAAACUGAGGUUCAGGCUGGUGAAGAGGCAACUGCAGCUGAAGUUAAAGAUGUUAAAGAUGGGGAGUCAGGCACACCAUUGGAAGAAAAGGGUGAAGAGGGUGAAUUGAAGGAGACUACUGAAGAAAAUCUGAAAAGAAAGGGUGAAGCUGAUGAUGUUCGAGAGAACUCACCAAAAUCAAAGAAAACCAAGGUGGCACUUAACCAUCUACUUGCAUCUGAUGAUACACAAGAAGAUGAAGAACAAUGAGUUGUCAGAAGAGGAGGAUUACAAUAUAGUUGCUUUUAUAUGCUGUUCAUAUGGCAGUUGAGAAAUAGUGUGGUUUGAUUUAAAAAAAUGUUAGCCAGUGUCAUGUAGCUUAGUUUUGAUGUCAUGUAUAAGUCUCAAGUAGCUCUCACUCACUCGGUUUUCAAGGUUAAGUGCAAUUUGCUUCCAACUUCCAAGCCUAUGGGCUGAGAUAUACUGUGAAGAAUUUCUCCUGAUAUUCAAGGAUUAUGAUUUUGUUGGAUUACGAA